GAAAUUUCCUGUAAGAACGGAAGUGUUUUAUUUUGAACUUUUGGAGUGAAGAGGGGGGGAAUAGUGAUGGGGAAAUGACGGUCCCUGAAGCAGAGUGAGAGUGACCGGUCUCGUUUUACAUAGACGAUCUUUGGCUGGAAGGCGGCUGUUGACAGAAGGCAGGACGGGACUCUCCCCUCCGAGCGAGCGGCAGGCGGGCUGGUCGGUGGAGGAACAGCGGACCGACCGUCAUGGAUAAGACGGCCGUGGUGAAGGUCGGGGCCGCGGCCAGUGCCAGCGUCUGCGCCCUGUUCGGCGGCGUAGUUCUGGCUCAGUACAUCGUCGCUAAGAAGAAGCGAGCGGGCAAGAAAACCAGGAUCAUAGAGAUGAUGCCUCAAUUUGAGAAGACGACGGUCCACAUGAGGGACCCCGAGAGGGUUGAACAGAUCAUCUGUGGCCUCAUCAAGGGAGGAGCUUCUAAACUACAGGUCAUCACAGACUUCGACAUGACGUUAAGCAAGUUCGCCGUCAACGGCAAACGCUGUCCGACGUGUCACAAUAUCAUUGAUAACUGCAAGCUUGUGACGGAGGACUGCAGGCAGAAGCUGCUGCAGCUGAAGAAUAAAUAUUAUCCCAUCGAGAUCGACCCUCAUCUCACCAUGGAGGAGAAAUACCCGUUCAUGGUGGAGUGGUAUUUCAAGUCUCACACGUUACUAGUGGAACAGCGGUUAGAGAAAGACAAACUGCCUGAGGUGGUGAGAGAGUCUGACGCUGCACUCAGGGAAGGCUUUGAGCAGUUCUUUGACCGCCUGCACCAGCACAACGUCCCCGUCUUCAUCUUCUCUGCUGGUCUGGGCGACAUCCUGGAGGAAAUCAUCCGCCAGGCCGGAGUCUACCACCCCAACGUCAAGGUCGUCUCCAACUUCAUGGACUUCGACGACAACGGAGUCCUGAAGGGUUUCAAAGGCGAACUGAUCCACGUGUACAACAAACACGACGGCGCCCUGCGGAACACGGAGUACUUCAAACAGCUGAGGGAAUACUGCAACAUCAUCCUGAUGGGCGACUCGCUGGGGGACCUCAGCAUGGCCGAUGGCGUGCCCAACGUGGAGAACAUCCUCAAGAUCGGCUUCCUCAAUGACAAGGUGGAGGAGCGACUGGACAAAUAUCUGGACUCUUAUGACAUCGUCCUGGUGAAGGACGAGACUCUGGAAGUGCCCAAUGCCAUUCUCCAGAAGGUUCUAUAACUCCACCCCCCAAAAGUUCACCCCUCCACCCACCUCCCACCAAAUCCACUCCUCCUCCUCCUCCCAUCACCCACACCCCCCACCCCCCCGCCGGCCUUUCAGACGCUUCACACAAACCUGAAGCUUUGUCGUCGGCCCAGACUGGACACUAUCUAACCCCUCCCACUCACUCUGGAUCCCACUAGAGUCGUCUUCUGACUCCUCUCUCUCCCCCUCCACCCCCCCCCCCCCCCCCUCCCCCCUCCCUCCACCCUCUAAAAAGCCUUUUUAAAAGACAUUUUACAUCUCCUGAAUGAACUGUUUCAAAAGUCCAUGCAGCAGCAGCAGCAAACCCGUUUCUGGUGUUUUUUUUUGUCUGUUCAAAUAAUUUCUGAUGUUCUCUCUCUCAAAGUCAUUUAUGAAAAAAAGAAUAACCAAAAGUGAUAAGAAAAAAAAAGCCCCACAAACUCUCACUCCAUCUUUAUAAUUUGCACAUUAUUGUUACCAUUGUUAUUCAUUGGAUUAUUUAUGAUAUGGUAAUAUUUGUCUACCAUAAAGCCAGUGCCCACAGACGGACACAGUGUUAUCUUUGCAGCUAUCCCAGGACCUCAGUUGCUCUAAUUAUGUGUCUGGUAGGUUUUGCAAUUUCAGUUUUAAGAGGUUAUGGAAGUAACUGAAUGGCAAAAAAAAGGACCUUGAAAAUUAUAAUUCCUAGUAUAUAUAUAUAUAUUUAAAAAAAGCUGUUGCCUUGUGACAGCAGCAGUAUGAUGACACAGUAUUCAUUUAAGAAAGUAUGUCAACAUGUAACGCAGCUGAUCAGAGGAAAACGCACUUUAAAUUCUGUGUCCGCCGGGGGUGGGGGGUCAGGUCCGCCUGCACACGAGCACACGUGUCAGUAGUUUUAAUUUGUGGAUGUAUAUACAGGUUCUUGCACAGAAAAGCCAUGUUUACAUAAACUCUCUUCUUAACCCCCCCCAGCCCUCCCCCCACUGUGCUCAAUUGGCAUCAUAUCAACACACAGAAGAAGAAGAAGCACUUUAUUCUACAGCUGAAAGGCAUAUUGACAAAUGUCUUUUUUUUUUUUUUUUUUUUUUUUUUACUGCAUAGCUGACUCAGCAAUCAAGUGUUUUUCUCCCACAGGUCACCAUGACAGUGUAGGGUGUAGGAACUUGGCAUUAAUGCUGAAGGUAAAAAAAAAAAAAAAAGCCCCUUAAACCAAAGUAAUACAAUGUACAAGUACAACGAAGUGCUGCGAAAUCACAGUAUAGUUUCUGUCACUAUUUCAGUAAACAUUAAAGAAACGUACUGCUGUCUGCGGCUCAGUUUAAGUUCAUCACAUUUUCGUUCUGUGGUUUUAAGAAACUGAGCACUACCUCUAAAAUAUUAAUCUCAUGUUGUUGUUUUUUUGUUUUUUUUUGGGAGGUGCAAGGCUAAAAUGUCUUUGUGUGUCUCAAAACGUUGCGUUGAAUGUUCUCUUUGGAUUUGUAUGUACGUGUUUUUAAAUGUGCUGCUAUCACCUGCAUGUUGCCUUUUCUUAUUGUUACAUUUAUGUCAAAAGAAAUGGGAGAGAAAAAAAUAUAUAUAUAUCAAUAAAAACAAGGGGAUAAUGUCAUACUGUAUAUGUGGACAUUAUAUGGAAAUGUAUAUUGUUUUAUUUGCAUUUGGAAAUAUUUCCAGAAGUAGAUCAGCUGUGUUGUAUUUUUAUGAACGGACGGCUUUCUCUCUUUUCUUGAUGGUGUGAAAUUGAAAAUGCAAUAAAAUGUCAUUUUGUGAGGCCAUGAGUGGACAGAAAUCCGGACUAACAUGGACCUCGUGAUGAAGCCUUAUUAUAUCAUAUAUAGAUAAUAGAUUAUAAAUUAUUUAAACAGCAUAUAGAGUUGGCUUAUAAUUAGAGUAAGACAAUAAUAUGCCAUGAAAAUGUUCAAGUACAAAGAAGCAGUUCUUUAAAUAAGGUACUUUGACUACAUAUACGUACAGUGAUUGCUAAAAUGAUGAUGAUUGUGACAUUUUAUUUGUCUAGUAUCAUAAAUUACAUAACUGCAUGAAGACAGA